AUGAUUUCAAACCCAUAUCCAUUAAACCAACGGUACAUCAUAUAUCAUUUAUCUCUACCUAACUGUCUGUUAAUAUUUUCUUUCUAUCUAUCUAUCUAUCUAUCUAUCUAUCUAUCUAUCUAUCUAUCUAUCUUUUAUGUCUAUCUAUGCCAAUCUAUCUAUUAUCACCACGCAUACAUCUUAUAUCACCUGCUCUUUCCUAGCGCAUUUUAUAUCUAUCUAUCUAUCUAUCUAUCUAUCUAUCUAUCUAUCUAUCUAUCUAUCUAUUUCACUCUAUCCCUUAUCUCUUUAAACUUUUUCCAAUCUCUCUCUAAUUGUAUUCAUUAUUUCUUUCCCUUUUUCUCUUUAUCUCUCUCUCUUUAUCUAAGUCUGCCAAAAAUAUUUUCUAUCUAUCUAUCUAUCUAUCUAUCUAUCUAUCUAUCUAUCUAUCUAUGGCUAUUGAUAAUUUCUAUCUAUAUUUCUUUCUAUCGAUUUAACUAUCGAAAUCUGUUCCUUUUUUAUCUAUCUAUCUAUCUAUCUAUCUAUCUAUCUAUCUAUCUAUCUAUCUAUCUAUCUAUCUAUAUACAUACAUAUAUGUGUUGUGUCCAUCAUCUUUCUCAAUCUAUUAAUAUGAUCUAUCUAUCUAUCUAUCUAUCUAUCUAUCUAUCUAUCUAUCUAUCUAUGUAUUCUAUCAAUAUUUUUUUUAUCUAUCUAUCUAUCUAUCUAUCUAUCUAUCUAUCUAUCUAUCUAUCUAUCUAUCUCACUCAGUUCAUUAUCUCACUCUCAUUUUCUUUCUCUCUCUUCCUCUCUCUCUCUCUAUCUAUCUAA